GCAGCGUCACGGGGCUGCGGUUCCUCCGCCACCGCGACCACCUGCUGGCCUCGGCCAGCGCCGCGUCGGCCGCCGUGCGGCUCUGGGAUAUCCGCAUGGUGCGCGGCGCCCGCCCGCACGCCGCACGGCCAUUGGCCGAGUCGUCGGCGGAAACCGCGCGCGGCCUCGCGUCGCUCGCGCUCGACCCAUCGGGCACGCGGCUGUUCGCGCCGUGCAACGACGGGCGCGUGCACGUGCAUAACGCCCAGCGGAUUGGCUCCGCAAUGGUGGCCGAGCUGCGCGCCCCCGAGUUCGAGUGCCGCGGGUUCGGCGCCGGGGCCGCGGCCAGCGGCUGCGGCAGAUAUGUCGGUGCCGGGUCGGCGAAUGGCGCCGUGGUUGUUUGGGAGCUGGACGGCGCUGGCGGCAACUCGUCGAGGCGCAGGGCGGUGCUGAGGGGGCACCAGAGGGACGCCGGGUGCGUUGCUUGGCAUCCGCAGAUUACGCAGCUGGCGUCGUGUGCGGACGAUGGUGUUGUGAGGAUGUGGGAUCUGGAUGGGCAGGCGGCGGAGGAUGCCCGCGCGAACGUGGCUGACCGUAGCCGCUGGGGCUUCGCCGAGGUGUGCUGAGAAAGGAAAAAGAAAUGGGCUUUGCUUUUGCUUUUUAGUUAGACUGGACUGGCCUGGAUGGGGGCCUCGCCCUGGCCAUAUUAAAUUGAAUAUUGAGUAUCGGCCGGGCCGUCCAGCCAGGCCGUCCAGCCAGGCCAGGGCAUGUAUAUGUUGUAUAGAUGUGUAGCAAAAGCUACCCGCGGCGGCAUGCGGCCUAUCUAUCGCCAACGCCGCAGAGCCAGAGCCAGAGCCAGAGC